AUGGGAAUGAACGAGAUCGAGGAGGACGUCGGCAAGGAACUGCGAGUUACCGGUCGGAUAACGACGCAGAGCGCGAACCUGGCAGCGGUGUUACGACGGUUCACGGGCCUCGAGGAGAACGUGAUCGAGCUGGUACGUAUGGAUCGUAAUCGAGAGAACGCGAAGGUGGAGACGCCCGUCGACGUAACGACGGAGAUCGAGAGGGUGGUUGCAGCUGCCGAGAGGAAGAGCGCGGAGGAUCGACGAGUCGCGGGAGAAAAGGACGGGGUCGAAGAGGCGGAACGAGUGGGCGACGGUGCCACGCGGAAUCCUCUGUCGAAAUUCUCGGCUUGCGGACACCGAGAGACCGGGGCGGUCGUGGCGCGAAAAUCGAUGGACGGUCGGAGUCGAGUGCGUACCAUGCCGGAGGUUCGUCUUCUCGGCGAGUCGCGGCAGACCAAAUAAAUUUUCUCUCUCGGACGAGACGAUCGUUUCGAUAGGGUUGCUCGAUGGCGAGAAG